AACUCCGGGAAGAGUUCCUUGUCAUAUUGGAUUCGAGGAAAAUUCGGGAAAUAAGCGGCGCUUUUAAAAUGACAAAACACUUUCAUUUAAGCGAGUGAGGGUCUCGGUGGUCAGUCCGUCCAAAACUGUAACUGAGAACACGGUCACGUUUGUGCGGUCGCGAGCGUUCAAACUGCGCCUUUGCGCAACAGCCGCCUCGUUUGGAGGAGUCCGGUCAGUGCACAAAGACAGCGCCGGAGAGAGAGCAGCCAUACAGCCACAGCAACCGUCUCCACAUCCACUCGGCUAAAUCCUCCGCCGGAACUCCAAAGUUGUUCCUCGUGAAGGCCGAGUCUAGGUACAGCCUUUUAACAAAGGUCUGCAAGAUGGAGGAAACGGGCACUGACGCGACCCCGAACAACGACAAGUGCUGUCAGACCGAAACACUGUGGCACUGCAGUUGCCAGCCGGCUCCACAGCAAGAGGGCUGUGACCAACCGCAAGUGCAUAUUAUCGAGCCAGGAGACCUGCCUCUUCUUCAGCAACAGCUCCAGACUUCGAAGACAGGAAUCCAACAAAUAAUUGAGUGCUUUCGCUCAGGUACGACCCAGCUCAGGCACAUGUUGUUGAAGGAAGUUGACACCAUCUUUGAGUGCAGGCUUUGCCGAAGUCUUUUCCGUGGUCUACCCAAUCUCGUCACACACAAAGAGUUCUACUGCUUUUCCGGACAUCAUGAGCAAGAUGAUUCUUCUGAACCAAACAAGCAGAACCAGGCUGUCAAAGAGCUUCUAGAGGCAAUCUAUCCACAAAGAGACAAGCAGGAACAUGUGAUUCAGUUGGAGACUAUAGAUACUAACCCCAAUGCUGUGUUCCAACACCUGACUGUCGAGAAUUAUGAGAGUGAGAAUGUGACCAUGCCCACUAAUUCCAUUCAGCCAGACCCUGUACCGCAGAAACCGCAUCGCCGCAAGUCUUCUGUUGCCCCGAAAAAGAUUGAACAGCAAGACAUUGUGGACACAGAUGAUGACAUGGAUACAGCAUCGAAUAAAUCUCUAGAGAAAACAGAUGCAAAUUUGGAAGAAAAGGGCAACACGGAACAGGAUAAGAGUGUGGAAAAUGAAGAAGAAGCCGCCCCUGAGAUGAAGGAAACGAGGAUAUCUUGCUGCCUCUGUCGAAAGGACUUCAGCUCGAGGAGCAGCAUCCGCCGUCACUGCCGUAAGAUGCACCGGCAGAAGCUGGAGGAGUUGUGCAAGUUCACUGAAACACGCACAGUACCCAUCAGCUUACUGUCUAUGGUAAAGACCAAGCGUGUGGAAGAUCCUCAACCAGCCACUGGCAAGAGUUGCCCUGUCUGCCAAAAGUCCUUCGCUACCAAGGCGAAUGUACGUCGUCACUUUGAUGAGGUGCACCGAGGACUGAAGCGAGACUGCAUCACACCAGACAUCGCCACCCGACCUGGCCAACCACUUUUGCUCGAGGGUUCACCUGUUUCACCAAAACAGCCCAGCACCUUUGCAAAGCAAGACCAACAAGAGGCCACCAUUACAACCUCUCGGUGCAGGCUGUGUCGAAGGAAAUACAGCUCACAAGUCAUGUUGAGGAGACAUAUGCGCAUUGUCCAUAAGGUUCACACAUUGGAGAAUGGUUCCUCCUCCAGUCGUGCUGUCUUCUCCAGAAAAAACAAAAUAAAGACCGAACCUGAUGAGGAGAUUUGCUCCGGAAAAAGUAGUCUUCCUACCGUUGUGUCCUCUUCAGCUGAUGUAGAUAAGAGCACAGCGUGCUCGCCAUCGAAGCCUAAAGUAACAGAGGACAGUGGAAAUGUCCCGAUAAGUUUUGACUUCAAGCAGAUGUAUUGCUGGCUAUGCAAGCGACAGUUCAGCUCUAGUCAGAACCUGACCAAGCACAUCACCGAGCUGCACAUGGAUGGUAAUGACAGUAUCUACAUCAAGUUUUAUGGGUGUCCUAUAUGCAGAUACGAAUCGCGGCGAAAACGAGAUGUCAUCCGUCACAUAACCGUGGUUCACAAGAAGUCCUCUCGCUACCUGGCUAAGAUCAUGCCGAUCCUCGAGAGUCGUGCGGUGAAGAAACCAGCCGAGGUUGUGCUAAAUAGUAGUGGGAAGAGCACGUCUUCAAAAGAGGACAUAUCUGGAAAGUACCAUGCUCCAUCAUCCAGCAUGCUAACAACAUCAGACCAAGCAACUCCAUCCAAAAUGAAUCUGCAAGACGACUCCUGGUCACCUGGGUUGAAGAAAAGCGAGUCCUCGGUCUACCUGAACACUCGUAAAAAUUCUGCCCUCACAUCUCUUAACACUGCGAAUCACGAUCAGGAACAUUCACACCUCACCAAAUUAUGUAAACAAGAGAAGAAACCUCAAGAGCCAAAGAAUCCACAUGUCACCCGGAGCCACAAACCGAGCAGAGGACCUCCCAUCACUAGAAGCCAGGAGUCAAGCACAGAGGUGAGGGUUACUAAGAACUUUUCUCUGCAUGGAUGUGACAUGUGCAGUCGAGCAUUUGCCAAGAAGGUUUUUCUAGAGACGCACAGACGAAGCCAUAAGACCAGUGUCAAUACCCCAACUGGAAGCACUAAAGUACAGGGAAGAAGCACUCGGUCAAAGGCGUUGAUAUGAUAUUGACAUCCAUAUAAAUGACACAUGCUCACUGGAAUGUAUAGAUCUUCAGCAAAUAAAACGCAGCAGCAAAGGAACGGAAAAGCUUUACCUGAAACUGAAUGGCUUCUAAGAGGAAGGAUGAUUGAAGAUCUUGAGAAGAACCUGCACCGAGUAUUCUGUUUUAGUACUGCAGAGGGCGCUGCGACCAAACUUUUCUUAUCCUCUAACACAGACCUUAUAGAUUGUUCUCUACCAGUUACUGAGUUUUUAAGCAUUUGAAGGAUAUCUUUUUUUUUUUUUUUUUUUAACUUUUUUGUUUUAUUUUAGUAGUCUGUUGACAACACGGUUGUCUUUUAAUGAAGUAUAUUUGUGCAGAGUACAGUUUUACUUAGUUACAUAUGGUUACUCAUCUGCAUUAUAGGUCACAUCUCAACUUUUGCUCUCGACCUGUAUUGUGUGAUCGAGAGCACUGCCGCUAAUGAAAAAUCAGUUUGUUCCCUAUGACACGUGGCGCUUUAAAGAAAUUCUGUUGGUGGUUCAGAAUGAAAACGGCUCAUAUAAAUCCGAGUGCUUGUACAGUUAGAGAUAACUGAUUUGACUUGAGAUGAUGCUUAAAAGUAGCUUAACAGUACAUUUAUUUUAGGCCUUUUGACUUGUCAAACCUCUGACGUUCAUCUAAAUGUAGCCUAUAUAACAUUUAAAUUAGAAUUGACUAAUGAACUAAUCAGUAAAUUAAAACGUUGUACAUUCAGAUCCAUACAAUUUUUUUUUCAUGUUCUUUUUGAAACGGAUCAGUGAAUGAAUGCUAGAACCGACGAUGUACUUGUCUCUUACGUAACUUUUUGGUUUGCUUUUAGUUUACACUGCUCAGAUGUAAAAGCUUGCUUAACUGUAAAUGCUCUGCGCAACACUUUGGAUAGAUAUCUGAAGGAUUAUUUUUCCUUAAAACCAUUUUAAUACGUUAAUGUUGCAUAUAUAAGUGCUUACUUUAAAAAAAAUAAUUAAAGCUGCACUGUCCAGUUCUACUUAGCAAAUACUAGAUGACAGCUAAAAGCUAUUAAACGAGGAAUCCACCCAUAUUUUUUUUUUCUGUACCCUCAUUUCAAAUUCAUGCAUGUGUAUUAGACAAGAAGGCUCUGGUCCUAACCUUACACAUGCCCAGACCUUUCCUCUGGCAAGUCGGGGUUGCAUGGCUUGUUUUUGCAGAAUUAAAAUAAAGUUUAAAAAAAAAAAAAAAAUAUAUAUAUAUAUAUAUAUAUAUAUAUAUAUAUAUAUUUAUAUAUAUAUUUAAUAAAUAUAAUUAACCAACCAACUGAUUUUAUGUUCAACAUUUAAUUAUUUUCUGUCAAAAAAGUGGUGUCAUAAAAAUUUGCCCAGAAAUCAUGCCAAUCCCUUUGAGAGAUUUGAGAAAUAACCUUAAAAUGAAUUGCAAAAAUAAUUUGUUUUUGGAGGCCGUUUAUUUUGCUUUUCACGGUGUUCAAAAUGAACUUUACUCGCAGAUAUUCACAGACCUCUGAAGCAUCGACUAAUUGAAAAUGAAUAAGGUGAAAGGUCUGCCUUAACCCUACGAUUGGUCUGCACCAGUAUGUUUGUGCAUGUGCAAAAUGAUUGACGGUCACCAAGGUCUCUAUCUAAAACUGAUGCUUUUGGUGGACAAUGUGUGAUUUAGUUCUUGGUUACAGGGACAGUCACAUACAUUUACUCAGAGAAUCUAUUAUCUAUUACCGUUAGCGGUCAGAAUGUAAAAGAAAAAGAGACAAGUUUAUCCCAUGUUUAAAAAAAAUAUGACGGUGCAGCUUUAACCCAUAUCUACCAUUCCACAAUGAAUGAAAAUGCUGCUAAUCCUUUUGCAUUGUAACUACUGUUUGUGCUCAUGUUUCUGCUUCCCUUUAAUCAGUCAGUGCUGCUCAGGUUGUGCUAAGACAAGUUUUUUUAACAGAGUAUGACUGUUUGAUAAUAUCUAUCAAUAAUAAGUCAGAACUGUGAUCAAAAGGUUCAUUAGAUACUACUGCAUCUGUUUUGUAUAAUAUUGCUCUUAUUAGCUAACAGUUCAAAAAUAUAUCUAGACCUAAAAAUGACCUCUGUCUCCUUUAGUAUGUAACAAUUCAUUAGAGUUAUUUGAGUGUAUUGAGUGAAAUGAAGUCAGUCUUCGAGUCUUGGCGUGCAUAAAGAACGCUUCUGCUUGUUACUCUGUACAUUUUUGACAUAAGGUGUAACAUUUUAAAAGGUAAUCGGCAAGACUUGUAAUGUAUAUAUAAACACACGAUACUUGCAUUCCUAUCCCUGCUUCACUAGAAAUAACUUUGUUCAAAUAAAGAUUUUAAAAUUGCA